AUGAGAAGGAAUUCGGAUAAAAUCAAUAAAAUCUUGCCCCCGGGGGGUAUAAUGGAGCGUAAAAGGAACCACCAACGUACUUUCAAGAGCAUCGCUGGCAAAGAUGAAGCGGUCAGAAAGGACAUCGUUCUGUGCCAAACCGGCGCCAUCCUCGGAGAGACAAGCAACCGUAAUGCAAGCACCAGUAGUAAGGCGAGGAAGUACCCGCCUGUGCCGAUGCACGGACAGAAAUUCAUACAGCCAGGGGUGAAAAGAAGAUAUUCACCGUUCCAUUACCCUGGCCAGUCUUCAGCUGAAUGGGUGGUGGCACGAGCAGAUGACAUCCUCAACUGGGGUAGGAAGAACUCCAUCUGGCCCCUCACUUUCGGGCUCGCCUGCUGUGCACUAGAAAUGAUGCACUAUGCGGCACCAAGAUAUGACAUGGACCGUUUCGGCAUGGUCUUCCGCGGGACUCCCCGUCAGACCGACGUGAUCAUCGUCGCGGGUACAGUGACCAACAAAAUGGCGCCCGUGUUCAGGAAGACCUACGACCUGAUGCCCGAGCCCAGAUGGGUGGUGUCCAUGGGCAGUUGCGCCAAUGGUGGGGGGUAUUACCACUACACGUACUCCACCGUUAGGGGUUGCGACAGAAUUGUGCCGGUGGAUAUAUAUGUGCCUGGCUGUCCACCGACAGCUGAAGCGCUGCUGUACGGAAUGCUGCUGCUGCAGAAGAAGGUGAAGCGAAUGAGGGUCGUCCAGGUGUGGUAUCGUCAUUAA